AUGGAGAACUGGACAGCGCGGCAGGUCGCCGAGUGGGUUACGCGGUCCGGCUUUGCCGAGUACGCGCAGACCUUUGAGAAGAAUGACAUUACGGGCGAUGUGCUGCCCACGAUCACGAACGACGUGCUCCGGGAAGACCUCAAGGUCAGCGCGUACGGUCACCGCAUCAAGCUCGUCAACGCGAUCCAAAAGCUCAUCGAAGCGUGCGCUACGAUCCCAGCGGCGAAAGACACUGCGCCCGAAAUCGCUCGCGCCUCGCCGCCCGCUGCCGCCUCGCCGCCGGUCGCCGCCGUCGAGCCCGCGCCGUCGCCAGGGUCUAGCCCACACGCGGCAUCGUAUUUGACGCCAGCGAUUCUUGCGCCAUUUCCUGUCGUCGAAACACCGGCCGAGGUCGCGGUCAUCGAGGACCCGCGGCCGCUUCCCGAGAUUCCCCGGCGCAACAUGCGGUCGUUCUACAACUCGGACGUCGGCCGCGCCCUUCGCCUGGACCCGACGCGGGCACACGCGCUCGUGCAGGACACAAGCGGGAAGCGCAGCCACUGCGUACUCUGCUUCUCGAUCAGCUCGACGAGCCAGCGCCGGCGCGAGAUGAACACCAAGUGGCAGUGCGCAGUCUGCCAAGCGCACCUCUGCCGCACCAAGUUUGGGAAGGAAACCACGAGCUGCUACGAAAAAUUCCACGCACUGCCCUUCCUGGAGCAAGUGCAGCGGCCGCGGCCCCGGCCCCGCCAGUACUUCAUUCUGCCCGACUGGGACCCGGCCGUGGACUCGCUCGAGAAGCUGCGCCAACGCGCCGACCAUGCGCACGACGACGAGAACGAGAACGACGAGGCGUAG